AUGCCUGAAAAAUUAUUUGAGCUUCAAAAGAUUGAUGGAAUUUGGAUAUUUAAGUAAAAUUCAAUGAGUUUAAUUAUUUUAUUUAAAAUGCGUAGUGCAACAUAAGAAGAACUAAAAUAGAGAGCCAAGUAAAAUGAAAUCUCUUCAGGAGAGGAAGAAGUGCUUUCAGAUUCAGAUGAAGACUGUGAUCCAGAAAAUUAUAAUUUUUUAAUGUCUUAAAUUGAUUUAGCAGCAUUAACCUAUGGGAUUGUGUAAGAAGAUCAGAAAGGACAGGAAAUAAACCUAAGAGAGAGAGUUAGCACUCAGUAACUAAAGUAGGAAGUCAAUCAUGUGAAUCAGCAUAUUAGUGGAAAUCACUAAAAUAUUACUAGUGUUCCUAAUCCAAUCAAAUUGCUUGUUUCAAAAUAAAAGAGAAGAUAUAACUAUAAUGGUUUUAAUUUAGAUCUAACUUAUAUUACUGAAAAGAUAAUAGCAAUGGGGUUUCCUGCUGAGAAUAUUGAAUCAAUUUAUCGAAACUCAAUGCAGGAUGUAAGAAGGUUUUUUGAUUCUGUUCACCCUGGUCAUUAUAAGGUGUACAAUCUUUGUGAAGAAAGAAAAUAUGAUCAUUCAAAUUUUAAUCAAGUAGCGGAGUUUCCUUUUUAAGAUCAUUAAGCUCCAACAUUCUCAUUGAUAUAUGAAUUUUGCUUAGAUUUAGAUUAUUGGCUAAAAUUACAUGAAAAGAAUGUGGCUGGAAUACAUUGCAAGGCUGGAAAAGGUCGAACAGGGGUGAUGAUCUGUUGCUACAUGCUAUAUGCUCGUUAAUUUACAAAUGCGUAUGAUUCAAUGAGAUACUAUGGAAUGAUAAGGACAAAAAAUAAGAAAGGUGUAACAAUUCCUUCAUAAAUUCGAUACAUUUUUUAUUUCGAGAAAGCACUCAAUAACAAAUGGGUGCCAAACGAUAUGCCAAAUAAAUAGGUAGAACUUGUUAAGAUUCGAGUGAUACCAGUCCCAAAUGUAAAUUUCUUCGGUGGUUGUGGUCCUUGGUUUCGUAUUUAAAAUAAAGAUAAAGAGUAUUCAUCAAAGAAUUAAUUCUCUGUAAAGGAAUAUAAAUUAGAACCUUACAUAGAAUUUAAAUUAAAAGACAUCAUUUUGCAAGGGGAUGUGAUGUUAUAAUUUUUAAAUUAAGGAUUUUUGUCAAGCAAUCAAAAGUUAUUUUAAGCAUGGUUCAAUUGUGAUUUCUUUGAUUACACAGGUAUUCUAAUGAUAGAUAAAUUUAUGCUGGAUAAAGCUUGCAAAGAUAAAUCAGGCAAGACCUUUUAGAAGGACUUUCGUAUUGAGUUACAUGUAGUUGAAGUUAAUCAAGAAAAUAAAUCAUUUAAUUCUGUACAUAACAAUAGUAAUUUCUAAAGUACUCAUAAAAAUUUUGGAUUUUGA